UUCUCUUAAUCUUAAAUCAGCCGGUUUAAUUAAAUUUCAAAUCAGGUGCUGCUAAGGCAGCUAAUAUUUUUAACUACCACGGUUGCUCAGAGCAAUCAGACGAAUAGGGGUGGAAUCGGUGGAUCGGAAAAAGGGCUGUUACUAAGCAAGGCGACUCAAGUACAAAUAUCCAUCAGGUGUUCGGCGAAUUGCCAGCACCAAAGGUAAAUGAUAUAGGAAACCAAACAAAUCAAAGUAACGAGGGACUUGAUUUUUUAAAAUGAUGAAACAGCGAUUGUAGCUUCUUUCAACGCUAUUGGGACAAUGAAAAACCAUGUUGAAGAUGACACACACCCUUUAUUUGGCUGUGGAAGGCUUGUGCAACGGGUUGAUGAAGUGAUAGACGGUGAAAGGAGUAAUGAUGGAGUGAUGAACUUGGAUACUAAACUGCAAACUCAAUUUGUAGGGGACCCAAAUGCAACAACUUGUAAUUUCUCUAAAAUGUCAUGUUCUUUACCUACUUCAAGAUCCUUCUGGGAGCUUGCACUGCCCAAGUUUCUUUGGAAACUGCAAAGCUUCAUUCCAAUACCAGAGACAUGGAGGUGCAGUUUGAUUAUUCGAACGACUCUAGAUGCAAGAAAGGGUGAGAGAAAUGAACGACUUUUCUACAAACUUCUCAUUGAUAAGGCGGAGGAGCUGCCCCCGGUUGUAUACACUCCAACAAUCGGUGAAGCUUUCCAGAAAUAUGGAGACAAUGUUAGGCGAUCUCAAUAUCUUUACAUCAGUUUGAAAGAGGGAGGAACGAUUCUUGAAGUAUUGAAGAACUAGCCUGAGAGAAAUGUUCAAGUUAUUAUUAUCACUAAUGAUGAGAUAAUUCUAGGACUUGAAGAUCUUGGUGGUCAGGGGAUGGGCAUACCUAUAGGACUUGAAGGUCUUAGAGCUGUAUCUGGUCUGGACAG